AUGUCUUUCGACGCCCACCCUCGCAACAUUCCACCCUCUCAAGCAGCUCCUCCCCCCCUCGCCCAUGGGGCUCCCCAGGCCCAGCCAAUUAACGGAUCACAAUGCAUCGAGCCCUGGGUGCAGCUCCCACCUCGAACCCCACCGCCCCGACCCCCGAGUGCCUAUGGAUCAGAGUUUGGAGACCCCGCAUCGGUCCCAAACCUCGAUGAGUUCUACGUGCCAUUAACUGGCCAUGCCGACGCGACGCCGACUAGGAAACGAGCCAGAGUUGAGGCGAGCGCUGCCCCUCUGUCCCUCAACCCACCCAACGUCUCUGCAGCGAUCCGGCAAGGAGGCGGUACCAAACAUAUAUCGUGCGCAGAAUGGCGCCGAAUCUGCGUACAAGUUUUGGAAGAUAUCGUUGAAGGCGCUAGGAAAAUGCUGGGAUGGUCUGACGAAGCAGAGGCCAUGCAUGAGAUUCUCAACGUAGCGAAAGUAAUGAAGACGGCCCUAAGCGAGCUCGAUGGCUCAGUGUCAGUCGACAACGACAUUUUCAUGUCCCAACCUGCUAUGCCCAGCCCCCCUCACGGUAGCUCUCUUGACGCCUUCAAGCUGGAGGUCAAAGAUCUGUUCCGCAAUCUGGAGGCCAACAUCUCCGCCAGGAUCUCAAACGUGGAGAGACACCUGUCAUCUGGCUCAGCAUCUUCCCAGCCUACCCCGCCUGCUCAUAAUGGCUCUAACACACGGCAGCAACCUUCCGCCCCAACAACGUACGCUGCGGCAGCGAAAGUCGGCCCCCCUGGACAGCCCAAACCAGCUCAACAGUCAAAGGCCACAUCAACUCCGCCUGCUGCCAAACCUAACACCAAGUUCAUUGUUUGCUUCCAAGGACGCCUACCCCCCGAGGUCGACCGCAAAUCCUCUCAGUUCCUGUUCCACCACCUCAAUCAAGUCUUUAAUAAUAACGCCGCUGCCCGCAACGAUGGCCUGGAGAUACUGGGCGCCGAAUGGAAUCGCAGCGGCAAUAUAGUACUAACCUUCCCAUCCCAUGUUAAUCCCUCCGUUGUUUAUAAUCAUACUGACUUGAUUCAUUCAAUAGUUGACCACAACCUUAAUGAUGUUAUAAUAUCCCACGACACUAAAUGGUCCAAGGCGGUCUGUUCGAGAGUCCCCUCGAUGGGAUUUGACGGCCACUAUUGGGACUCCAAAGCCCUCGGCGUGCUGCUUCGACGCAACCCCGUCAUCAAGAACCUCAAGAUAACACAAGAGCCCCGUUUUGUAUCCAACCCUGCGGAUGGACUACCCCCGGUCGCGCCUGUGGUGUUCGCCUUUGAAGACCCAGAUGGAUCAAAACUCAAGGAGCUGCUUAAAACCCCGAUUUUCAUGGACGGCCGCCACACCCCAGUACACCCGUGGAGGGAGAAGCCGAAGCUGACCCAAUGCGACAGAUGUCAAGGUCUGGGGCAUACCGCGAAGUUGUGUAACAAGCCGAACGUCUGCGCCAAGUGUGCUCAGAGGCACCCCACGACAGAGCACAAUGUUUACUGCCCGUCAGUCCUCAAGGACGGAUCCAGCACCUGCAAGUGCACGCCCCGGUGCGCAAACUGUGAAGGAGAUCAUUGGGCUACAGAGCCCAGUUGCCCGGAAAAACGCAAAUAUGUUCCCAGACCAGCGCCGCCUCCGCCUCCUCAAGCAUCUCAGGCACGGCAGCAGCAGCUCCAAAUGCCAGCACGGCCUGCUCCACCCCCACCCAUGCAAGUUGAUAAAUGA